AUGAGCGAAUUAGUUUGGGGUAUCAAAAAUGGAGACAUCGAGCAAGUAAAAGAUAUCGUAGAAAAAAGUAAAAUUGAUGUCAAUGCACUGAUUGAUGGCCGGGUACCCCUUCACUAUGCAGCUGAUUAUGGGCAAACAGCUGUUUUAAACUAUCUGUUAGACAAAGGAGCUGACCCUAAUAUGGUUGACAAACAUGGUAUUUCGGUAAUAUUAGCUGCAAUUUGGGAAGGACAUACUGAGUGUGUUAAAACAUUGUUAAAACAUGGUGCUUCAAAGAAUGGAAAAACACCAGAUGGCACACCUUAUAUUGAUGCUGCUGAGAAGGAAGAAAUCAAAGAACUGUUAACAUAG